CAUGACAAAACAAAUUUUUGUCUUUCUUUGUCUCUUUACUUCAUUAAUUUCAUCAGAAAUAGUUCAACAUUAUCCUUGUGACUCUGAGAUCCCAAUAACUUCAAAAGCCCAACCAGCAAAUGGUCAACCUGAAUCCUGGCGCUGUGACAUUCAACAAGUACGAGUAACUCCUUGUCCCAUCGCUGACAAAGACAAAACAUUACGAUGCAAUAUAAAGCGAGGCAGCGUCAUGAAAAUCGAUUUUGACUUCAUCACAGCUGAAAAUCAAUCGACUGUCGAAACAACUGUUCAACGAAUUGGCUCCAAUCGUGGCUACUUUCGAAAUCAUCAUUGGUUCAACUUUGCGCCAAAUCAAGUGGAGAACUACAGCUUUAACGUAACUGUCGAUAAAUCAACAUUACCUCGUCCAUAUGACAUUAAGUGGCGAUUAGAAAACGAACAAAAGCAAAAUUGUUGUUUCAUCAUAAAAAUUAGCGUACGAAAGUGAAACGAAACGAUGACCACCCAUGCCGAGCCAAAGACAAAUUAAACUUAUAAAUGUCAUGUAAUUACAUUCGUGGAACAUAAAAUUUAGCACCAUCUUCGACCGUUUUUGCGAAAGACAGUCAUGCUCGGAAUCAAUUAUCAAUAAAUUUUUGGUAUUUAUGAAUAGUGCAAGUGCAUUAAUUUCCUGCCUGCGCGAAUUAUUAUUGGCGAGACGCGCGCAAAUAAAAAUCAUAAAAGAGAAAAUUACGACUCAUCGCGGCAAUAAAGUGUCGUUCCGCGCAAAGUCUUAUUCAUGACCCGAUCGUCUCUUCCAUGUGAUGCAAUCAAGUGCGACAAUUUCCAGCAAAGCCGAUCUCCGAUGGCCAUGAGAUAUGUGAUCAAAAUUAUGAAUUAUGACUUGGCUAUCGGUGCUUAGCACACCCGUCGUCGGUGAAAACUGAUAGUAGAUAGCGUGUCAAUAAAUAUUUCUUAUUAUUAGUAUCACAUUAAUUACGGCAUUUUGUAAUAAACUAAAUAAGCACUAAAUUCUUAGACACGAAAAAAAAACGCUGAGCGGCAGACCGCCUUCAAUGAAGCAGAGAGAGAGAUGAAAACAUAACAUACGAUGUGCCACUGAGCUGACUAUUUAUUACAUAAAUAUUAUAAAUAAAUUUAUUUCAAGCCUUAACAAGCAAGCAAAAAAAAAUCCGAGACUCGACUUCGCGACUUGAUUAAAACAUGCCACACAUGCUCGCGCAUGAAAGUAAUUAGAAGGAUUUAUUAUUUAUUGACAUUAUAUUUUUUGCCGUUUUCGUUCAUUUGCUGCGAAAGAACCUGUUUUAAUCGGAGAUUAGCAAAAAAGUUAGCGCAACCUGCAACAAAGUGAGAUAAAUUGAGCGAUCGGCGCACAAAAAAGUGCCUAGACCAGCAUUUAAUUGAACCAGUAAACAUAAACUUCGUUAAAAUGGUUUUUCUCAUUUGCUACCUGUUUUAUGGUUUUAUGAGAAAAAGA